GAGGCUCCGCCCCCAGCUGUGAUAAAUAGCCCGAGCAAACUUUCGCUUUAGAAGUUGAUUUUCAAACGCUGAGGAGGAAGAAAUUAAGCUGCAGACAAAAUGAGGUUCUUCGUUCUGCUCACCGCGGUGAUCUUCGCACUCCUGCGGAAUAGCACCGCUUCUCUGUUCGUGCAAGGUCCUACUGAAUCUGUCAUGGAGGGAGAGAGUGUGACUCUGGAAUGUCUUGACUCCGAAUCUGAGACCAACAUGAGCUCAGUGCACUUUGAAAAGCUGUCAAGGCACAUGCAGAUGUGGCAUCGGCUGGAUAUGUAUGGCUACGGCUAUUACUACCGCCGCUGUUUCUGGUAUGAUGCGGACGUGAGGAGAGACGAUGGCCGUCUGCUUCUCACGUUAGGAAGAGUCCAGACCUGGUCUGCUGGCAUGUAUCGCUGUGUGUCUGACAACGCCACCAAUGUGGACAAUUCAUCACUGCCUUUUAAGCUAACAGUGCACUAUAUGCGAGAGGUGUCGGUGAACAGGGUCGGCGCCAACAUUUUCUCUCACUACCUCACCCCACAGGAUGACCUGCGUGUACCACUAGGGGAUGAUGUAGAGCUGGACUGCUCUACCUCUGCCUCUGAGACUCCUCAGUACUCCUGGCUCAAAGAGGGAGAGGACUGGAUGGUUCCCUCCAGUAAGCUAAAGCUGAAGAAAGUGAGGGAGCAGGACAGUGGGAAAUACACCUGCACUGCUCAGCACCCAUCUGUGAGCUCGCUAACCAAGAAACGGACCAUCAGCCUCACUGUCCUGCCAGAGGACGCCGCAUGGUAUGAAUCGACAACUGGCCAAUGUCUCAUCGUGUCUGCAGCAGGAACAGUUCUCCUGGUGAUCAUCCUCUCCAUGAUGGUCUUCUUGUGCUGCCGGGCCAGACAGAACAAGAGCAAGGGCCCAAUUGAUGACCACUCCCAGAAGAAGCCUAUCUACAAGAACAGCGUGGAGUCUCUGGCUUCCACUGCUGGAGACAAACAGCCGCUGGUAUAAUGAGUGAGAUGGAGUGGGGAGCGAGGUGGAUGAGGACAGGGAGUGUUGAAGUUUAGGAGAGAAAGAACCUGCUAGAUUGGAUAAGAGAUGGUUUGCUAGUGAAACACAGGCCGUGAAUUGAAUUGAAGGCAGUAGGAAAAGGGUGUGUGGAAAAGAUAGACAGACAUGAUUGUUUCAUGGUAAUGGUUCCAAUUCUGCAGGUUUGGCAGCAGUACUCCUCAACAAAAGGUGUGCAAUUUUCUCUGUAUUGAUUUCACAACACAACAAAAUUGAGAUUCACGCUUGUUGUCAAAGACAGGGACUGAGAAUGCUAGUGUGAGCUUCAAAUCUCUGAUCUUUUUGCGAUAUAACCGCAUGCGAACCCUUUCCUGCUAGUCAUUCUUCUAGCCUUGAGUUGUAAACAAGUCUCUUUCACUGGCAGCGUCAUUCUGUUAGACAAUCAUUCUAGUGUACACAAUAUAUUACAGAAACUUUAGGUGAAGUGUUUAUUCUUGUGUUCUCUAUUCUACAUGACAGUACCUUUAAUAAAUGAAACUGUAAGACUAUAUAAAAAAUAUAAUAGCACUUUAAAGCUUUUUGCACUGUUUGAUCAUUCCUUUGUACUUUUGGAAGUUAAUUACAUUAAACAUCUUUUAAACUACAUAUAAAA